GCGUCGCAGCAGAACCAGGCUCACCACGGACGAUCCCACUACAGGAGAGUCCACCACGAGAAUGCCCACAAGAGCCAUCGAGUAGGCAACACUCGGACCUCUGACUCGCGACAUCCACCUGACGGCAGCGAAAAGCACUGCCGUCCGCAGGAUUCUUCUGGGCGCGUGUUUGGCCUGCAGCGAAGAAUACGGAAAGAGGUGCACAGCUUGAGCGACAAGGAAUUCCAGAGCUUUGCUAGAGCGGCGAAUCUCUUGAAGAAGGUGGAGUCCAAGUGUGCUGGGAAGGCUCUCUGUGCAGAGGAUUAUCCUGACACGUGGGAUUCCUUCCGUGCCUCCAACAUGCGAUGCCACAAAGAUGAGGAGGACUUCCUCAUGUGUCAUCGCAGGAUGUUGUAUGACUUGGAAACCAGCCUGCAGAAGGUGUCCGGAGACUGUGAUGUCACCUUGCCAUAUUGGAAUCCUUACCGUGAGCCCGGCAAUGCUCUGGACUCGAAAGUCUGGAAUGCCAGCAGAUUCGGUGCAUUGUGGGGCGUGGAGGAGAAGUACUGCUACGACAGCGCUGAGGAUGCUUGGACAGACUGUGUCACAGACGGAGUUGGUGCUGAUUGGACGCAGGGCAGCGACAUCCACAGCUACGACUGCUCGGCCUGCUUGAACAGGGCCCCGGAGUUGUAUGCCAAUCUUCUUCCACUGCCCGUUCUGCUCGCUGCAACCAAGAAGGACAGGACGCUUGAAGACUUCCAAUCCUGGGUCCGAGGAAUCAUCGCGGAUGUGCAUUUCAUGGUAGGUGGUGACAUGGCGCAUCUUCCAGAAGCCACAACAGAUCCGGUGGCUUUUGCCCAUUUUGGCAUGAUGGACCUCUUGAUGUCCAUGCGCCAGGUGUACCGCUCAAACGCACGCAAGGACCAGCUCUGCUCGACCUGCUCAAAGCCAAUCACCUUUUACAACGUUCCGCGAUCGGAGUGGCUUGGGGAGGUUGACGAGAAAAACUCCUGUGUUAAGGUGCCUGCCAGCAACCCUCGUGCUUGCAUCGGCUAUGGGGAUCUUAUCAUUGCAGCAGGCAACCAGGGCCAGGCAAGCUUGCUCAGUGAAGGUGGCGAGUCGGAAGAGACAAGUGCCGGAGCCAAAUGUUCCAAGAUCUUGACAACGAUGAAGUCCAGCAGCUGCCAAGUCAAGGACUUGUUGCACAGUGUUGUCCUGACGCAGCGCUACAAUGUGACGUCGGCGUACGAAGCGUGCAGGACCUACUGGUCCAGUAUGGACUCGGAGAUGGGACGCAACUUUAUGCAGUGGACGAAGGCCACUGCCGCCAGCAGGAUAGAAAGCUGCAAAGCAGCGGCCAACGAGACCUUGAAGCUCAUGAGCUUCUUCAGGCAUGCUGAACCAGCAAACGCUCCAGAAGCGAA